GUGAUGUAAAUGUACCAGCUGCUUCCCAAGAACCAGUCCGCAUCCUGCAGGAGGGGCUGGUUCCUUUCCUGGGCAUCAGCCUGCCUGCUCUCAGCCUAAGCUCUCUCGCCAACCAUGGUAGCUCCUUGCAUUCCUGCAUCCUCUCAUCUGAGAAUCAGAGAGCAUAAUCUUCUUACAGGCCCGUGAUUUAUUAACGUGGCUUAAUCUAAAGGUUCUCAGUCAAAUUCUUUAUGAUCUACUGAUCGUGGGGGCAUGGCAAGGUUUGCUUAAAGGAGCUUGGCUGGUUUGGGCCCUUGUAGCUGACAGAAGGUGGCCAGGGAGAAGGCAGCACGCUGCUCGGAGAAUGAAGGCGCUUCUGUUGCUGGUCUUGCCUUGGCUCAGUCCUGCUAACUACAUUGACAAUGUGGGCAACCUGCACUUCCUGUAUUCAGAACUCUGUAAAGGUGCCUCCCACUACGGCCUGACCAAAGACAGGAAGAGGCGCUCACAAGAUGGCUGUCCAGACGGCUGUGCGAGCCUCACAGCCACGGCUCCCUCCCCAGAGGUUUCUGCAGCUGCCACCAUCUCCUUAAUGACAGAUGAGCCUGGCCUAGACAACCCUGCCUAUGUGUCCUCGGCGGAGGACGGGCAGCCAGCAAUCAGCCCAGUGGACUCUGGCCGGAGCAACCGAACUAGGGCCCGGCCCUUUGAGAGAUCCACUAUUAGAAGCAGAUCUUUUAAAAAAAUAAAUCGAGCUUUGAGUGUUCUUCGAAGGACAAAGAGUGGGAGUGCAGUUGCCAACCAUGCUGACCAGGGCAGGGAAAAUUCUGAAAACACCACUGCCCCUGAAGUCUUUCCAAGGUUGUACCACCUGAUUCCAGAUGGUGAAAUUACCAGCAUCAAGAUCAAUCGAGUAGAUCCCAGUGAAAGCCUCUCCAUUAGGCUGGUGGGAGGUAGCGAAACCCCACUGGUCCAUAUCAUUAUCCAACACAUUUAUCGUGAUGGGGUGAUCGCCAGAGACGGCCGGCUACUGCCAGGAGACAUCAUUCUAAAGGUCAACGGGAUGGACAUCAGCAAUGUCCCUCACAACUACGCUGUGCGUCUCCUGCGGCAGCCCUGCCAGGUGCUGUGGCUGACUGUGCUGCGUGAACAGAAGUUCUGCAGCAGGAACAAUGGACAGGUCCCAGAUGCCUACGGACCCCGGGAUGACAGCUUUCAUGUGAUUCUCAACAAAAGUAGCCCCGAGGAGCAGCUUGGAAUAAAACUGGUGCGCAAGGUGGAUGAGCCUGGGGUUUUCAUCUUCAAUGUGCUGGAUGGCGGUGUGGCAGAUCGACAUGGUCAGCUCGAGGAGAACGACCGCGUGUUAGCCAUCAACGGACAUGACCUUCGAUAUGGCAGCCCAGAAAGUGCAGCUCAUCUGAUUCAGGCCAGUGAAAGACGUGUUCACCUCGUCGUGUCCCGCCAGGUUCGGCAGCGGAGCCCUGACAUCUUUCAGGAAGCCGGCUGGAACAGCAAUGGCAGCUGGUCCCCAGGGCCAGGGGAGAGGAGCAACACUCCCAAGCCCCUCCAUCCUACACUUAUUUGUCAUGAGAAGGUGGUAAAUAUCCGAAAAGACCCCGGUGAAUCUCUCGGCAUGACCGUCGCAGGGGGAGCAUCACAUAGAGAAUGGGAUUUGCCUAUCUAUGUCAUCAGUGUUGAGCCCGGAGGAGUCAUAAGCAGAGAUGGAAGAAUAAAAACAGGUGACAUUUUGUUGAAUGUGGAUGGGGUCGAACUGACAGAGGUCAGCCGGAGUGAGGCAGUGGCAUUAUUGAAAAGAACAUCAUCCUCGAUAGUACUCAAAGCUUUGGAAGUCAAAGAGCAUGAGCCCCAGGAAGACUGCAGCAGCCCAGCAGCCCUGGACUCCAACCACAACAUGGCUCCACCCAGUGACUGGUCCCCAUCCUGGGUCAUGUGGCUGGAAUUACCACGGUGCUUGUAUAACUGUAAAGAUAUUAUAUUACGAAGAAACACAGCUGGAAGUCUGGGCUUCUGCAUUGUAGGAGGUUAUGAAGAAUACAAUGGAAACAAACCUUUUUUCAUCAAAUCCAUUGUUGAAGGAACACCAGCAUACAAUGAUGGAAGAAUUAGAUGUGGUGAUAUUCUUCUUGCUGUCAAUGGUAGAAGUACAUCAGGGAUGAUACAUGCUUGCUUGGCAAGACUGCUGAAAGAACUUAAAGGAAGAAUUACUCUAACUAUUGUUUCUUGGCCUGGCACUUUUUUAUAGAAUCAAUGAUGGGUCAGAGAAAAACAGAAAAAUCACAAAUAGGCUAAGUUGAAACACUGUAUUUAUCUUGUCAGUUUUUAUAUUUAAAGAAUACACUGUAAAAAUGUCAGGAAAAGUAUGAUCUAAUGAAAGCCAGUUACACCUCAGAAAAUAUGAUUCCAAAAAAAUUAAAACCACUAGUUUUUUUUCAGUGUGGAGGAUUUCUCAUUACUCUACAACAUUGUUUAUAUUUUUUCUAUUCAAUAAAAAGCCCUAAAACAGCUAAAAUGAUUUGUAUACCCCACUGAAUUCAGGUUGAUUUAAAUUUAAAAUUUGGUAUAUGCUGAAGUCUGCCAAGGGUACAUUAUGGCCAUUUUUAAUUUACAGCUAAAAGAUUUUUUAAAAUGCAUUGCUGAGAAACGUUGCUUUCAUCAAACAAGAAAUAAAUAUUUUUCAGAAAUUAUAGUUGUCUUUUAGUAUGUGAUACUAAUUAAGUUUACUUGUAUUAUCACCAUUUAAAAGAUCCUAGUAAUUUAUUCUUUCAAAUACCAUGUUGUUACCAUCACCGAUGAAUACCUCCUAGAUGCUUAUCCCUAAAAAUGCUCAGAUAAUUAUAAACUUGUUUUGUUUU